CUCCGGGGCGAGGGGUGUGGUUACGGGUUACUCAGCACGCAUCAGGUAUCCAUCCUCACUAUAUAUAAUGCCGUGGACUGAGAGGAGAGCAGCAAGACAAGGACACCACCGAGGUGAAAGCAUCAAGAAACAACUCUGACAAUGGCCAACAUGCUCAGGUCGUGGAUGAGACUCGCAGCGCUGGUCGUGUGCCUGCUGGUGUGUUUGAGCGCUUUCGCGGACGCCUAUCCACCCAAACCGGAGAACCCCGGGAGCAACGCCUCUCCGGAGGAGUGGGCCAAAUACCACGCAGCUGUCAGGCAUUAUGUCAACCUCAUCACCAGACAGAGGUACGGGAAGAGAUCAACUCCCGAGCAGGCGGUUGCGUGGCUGCUUUUUGGCGGAGAUUCAAGCCAAGAUACUGAACCGCGCUCGGACUACGUUGACCAGUGGUAAAUGAGCCUAAUGUCAACCCUUCGUCCUCUCCCGUCCUCAAUCCCCAGAUGCUUCAAUUCACCAACAAUCAGUCAACAAAAUGACAACCUGCACUGGAUUUGUGACUCUGUAUAUUUAAUUAUUCAAUGUGCAUGAAAAAAAUCUCUGUCUCUCUGUCUGUCGUUCUGUCCUACUCCUUCUUCUCUCUGUUUAUUGUUUUUGUCUGCCUGUCUCAGUGGAUUUGUUCUUUAGCCAAAAAUGUAAAUAAUUUGUAUCAGAAUCAAUCACUUAUGAAUAAAGAUCUGAGUGGAAUAAUAAUAAUUACA